AUGGCCAAGAAGAAAGAACUCAGUCAUGAUCUUUGUACACGUUUUGUCAAUGCACAUAGUGGAGACAAAGGCUACAAGGCAAUUUUGAAAGAAUUGUGUGUCCCUCUAUCAACCAUACAGAGUAUCAUCAAGAAGUUCAAGAUGUUCAACACUGUCAAAAACCUGGAUGGGCGUGGCAGGAAACACAAAGUAUCCUCUAGAGUCACUAGAAAGAUCUUCUGUGAUGCAAACAACAACCCCUGUAUCGCCACCAAAGCUCUAAUAGACCCCCUUAUCCAAGCAGGGGAAACAAUAUCAAGAUCCACUGUUCAGCAAAUUCUGCAUCGAGGUGGUCUCCAUGGACAUCGACCCAGAAAGGCACAACUCCUUACCCAGAGACACCGGGAUGUGCACCUGGCCUUUGUGAGGGGUCACCUAGAUAGAGAUCCAAACUUCUGGUCAUCCAUCUUCUGCUUUUACCUGUUGGCUGUGACCUCCCAGACUGUAGGGGGCACCACUGAGACUUUAUGUCUCACGGUCAACCUCUUUGAACCUGUUUCUAUGGAUGUGAACUUGGAGUAUAACCAAAACAGCGUCACUCUUCUGACUGAACAGUUGAUACAUAAACAAUACUACCGUUGUGUCCCAUUUCAGGUUCCUGUCGUAACUGUGGAAUUGGUGGCAUCUAUUACUAUUCAGAUUAAUGGGUCACAAACAUUCCUGAAUAAGGCAACAAAGAUCCUCAUCACACCUCCAACACACCUGACCCUCAUUCAGACGGACAGACCCAUCUAUAAACCAGGACAGACAGUGAAGUUCCGCAUCGUCUCUCUGGAUACCAAUUUCCUCACCUAUGAACAGAUGUUUCCCACAAUAGAAGUACAGGACCCGAACUCAAACCGCAUUGGUCAGUGGCUGAAUGUCCCCACGUCCAGCGGUCUGGUGGAUCUGUCAUAUCCCAUAAACUCUGGGGCUACAAAAGGAGUUUACAUCAUCACCGUCUGGGACGAGAAAAACAAAGAGCUCACACAAACCUUCGAAGUCAAGGACUACGUUUCUCCGACAUUUGAGGUUAGAGUAGAGCUUCCUCCAGUCAUAACCAUCCUGGACACAAACACUACUCUGAAUGUGUGUGCAAAAUAUACAUACGGGAAGCCGGUGAGUGGGAUGGUGAAGGCCACAGUCUGCCAUAAUAGUUACAGAUACGGUUGGCUGCAAGGAGACACAACACCAGACAUCUGCAAGAAUUAUACAAUGAUGACUGACCAGACAGGUUGUGGACUACAAAUCAUAGAUCUGACAGAAUAUGCAUUAGGUGAUUCACGCUAUGAAGCUUCAAUCAUAGUUCAGAGUGAAGUGGAAGAAGACAGCACUGGUGUGAUUCUGACCGGGUCAGGCAGUUCUGCUAUAACAUCUAAUAUUGUCAGACUUUCAUUUGAGGAUUCACCAACAAUGUUUAAGCCAAGAAUGACAUACGAAGGAACGAUUAAAGUCGCUUGCCCAAACUUCAGUCCUAUGAAAAGAAAAGUAGUGUAUCUGACUGUAAAUUAUGCUGAUAGUAAAAGUACUGUUUGGAAGCUGCUUACAAAUUACAAAGGCAUCGCAAAAUUUUCCAUUGACACUGAACCAUGGGGUCUGGAGCAAGUCUCUCUUCAGGCACAAUAUGAAACAACUAACAGAACCAUUGCGUAUGGGGAAAAUCAGCUCACACCACAGUACCCCACAGCAAACAUCUGGCUCCAGCCGUUCUACUCCAAGAGUCAGAGUUUUAUUAAAUUGAGAAGCUGCCCUAUGCUUUUAAGCUGUAAUAGAAAAAAAGUCAUCAGAGCUCAGUACAUGAUACACCACAGCACACUCUCACCACUCCAGAAGACGUUAUCCUUCUUCUACAUGGUGAUGAAUAAAGGACAUUUGGUUCGGCAAGGACAAAUCUUUGAAGCCAUCAAACCUGGAGCAGUGCACAAGGGCAACCUGGUGUUGACACUGGAGGACGUGAUAAAUGUGUCCCCGGUUGCUCAGGUGGUCCUAUACACAGUCCUUCCAAGUGGCGAGGCCGUGGGAGACAGCAUGAACUACCCCAUUCAGCUGUGUUUUGCAAAUAAGGUGUCUCUAAAGUUUUCACCUACUACUAAGCUUCCUGGUGGUCAGGCGUCACUGAAGCUGAAAGCUGCUCCAGGUUCGUUGUGUUCAUUGAAGGCAAUAGAUCAGAGUUUGCUGCUGCUGCAACCAGAGAAGGAGCUCAACAUCCAAUCUGUGUUCAACAUGCUGCCUCUACAAUCAUUAUCAGGAUAUCCACACAGCAUCUGUGAAGAGGAUUCACACCUUUGCUGCGAGAACCCACCCACUUGGAACAUCCCAUUUGCAUCACCCUCAACGUCAGUUGGUUAUAUUCCGAACUAUGGAAAGGUGGAUGUGUACAACACCUUCAAAGAUAUUGGAGUUAAAGUCCUCACUAAUGCAGAUUUACAUAAGCCCUCGGAUUGUUUGAACAGUUCAUGGCAUAUCACUGAUUUAACCCCAGAUGCAGAGGCUGUAGCCAAGGAAGCACCAGGCACCACUUCAGUUGACCAGACAGUUAUUACAAUCCGCAAAUUUUUCCCAGAGACGUGGAUUUGGGAUCUUGUUUCAGUCAGUCAGUCUGGAGUGACAACCCUUAAUAAAACAGUCCCAGACUCCAUCACUACAUGGCAGGCUGGCGCAUUUUGUACAUCACCUGUCGGGUUCGGAGUCGCCCCGAAAACCGAGCUUAUUGCCUUCCAGCCUUUCUUUGUGAGUCUCACCAUGCCCAGCUCCGUCAUCCGAGGAGAAGUGUUCACACUCAAAGCCACCGUCUUCAACUACCUACAGAGCUGCAUGAUGGUGGAGGUGACUUUGGCCAACUCACAACAGUUCUCAGCACAAGAAUGUAAAGACUGCAGUUACAUGAAAUGUCUGUGUGCUGAUGAAAGCUGGAAUUUCUCCUGGACCAUCACAACACUGGUUUUGGGUGAGGUGAGCUUUAAUGUGACAGUGGAGGCCGUGCAGUCGUCAACUCUGUGUGGGAAGAAUGUAGUUACUGUUCCAGAGAAAGGACGAAUCGAUUCAGUCAUUAAAUCACUGCUAGUGCUGGCUGAAGGAAUCAGACAGUAUAAAAGCUACAAUGAGCUUCUCUGCCUAUCAGAAGAUGUAGUUGAGAAGACAGUGUCACUAACCCUGCCUGAGCUUUUCGUGGAAGGUUCGGCCAUAGCCUCAGUCUCUGUGCUGGGAGAUCUGAUGGGUCGAGCUCUACAGAACCUGGCGAGUCUCUUGGUGAUGCCGUACGGCUGUGGAGAGCAGAACAUGCUGCUCUUUGCCCCAAACAUCUUCAUCCUGCAGUACCUGGAGAGCACCAACCAGCUUACACCCCAGAUCUUGAGCACAGCUCAGUCCUACCUCAUAACUGGAUAUCAGAGACAGCUGACCUACACACACACUGAUGGAUCUUACAGUGCUUUUGGGAUGAGUGAUGCAUCAGGCAACACAUGGCUGACAGCAUUUGUAAUGAAGUCUUUUGGAAAUGCGAUGAGAUACAUCUUUGUAGAUCAGGUGUUUGUGGAUCAGGCGAAGGCCUGGCUCGGUCAACAGCAGCAGGACAAUGGAUGCUUUGCUUCAGUGGGACAACUCUUCCACACCGACAUGAAGGGAGGAGUUAAUGAUGAAGUGACCCUCUCGGCCUACAUCACAGCUGCAAUGCUCGAACUUAAUUAUACAGUUACUGAUCCUGUGGUGGACAACAGUCUUACAUGCCUGAGGAAUGGGUACACUCACAUGAACUCUAACUACGCCAAGGCUCUCCUCUUCUAUACCUUCACCCUAGCUGGAGAUCAGGGGAUGAGGAACACACUCAUCUCAGAGCUGGAUGCAGAGGCGAUUAUCUUGGGUGGUGGAAGACACUGGAGCAGAGUAAGUGAUGGGUCAGUGACGGACUCUUUGGAGGUGGAGAUAACCUCAUAUGUGCUUCUGUCUCUGAUGUCUGGACCCGAGCUGCCCGGGUUUGAUCUGAGUUACAGCUCCAGCAUCUUCCAAUGGCUUUCUCAACAACAAAACUCCUUCGGGGGCUUCGUGUCUACACAGGACACUGUUGUGGCUCUCCAGGCUUUGGCAAAAUACAGUCUCGCCACCUACAGUCCAGCAGAAACUGUCACUGUUACUAUAACAUCACCAUCAGAGCUGAUUAACACCUUCACCAUCACUCAGAGGAACAGGCUGCUGUAUCAGGAGACUCAGCUGCAGGAGGUUCCUGGAGACUAUGAUGUCACAGCAGAAGGAAAAGGAUGUGUGUAUGUGCAGUUUAAUCUGCACUACAACAUCCCUCCUCCUUCUGAUGACUCUUCAUUCACCAUCUCGGCCUCAGCGUUUGGAAACUGCAGGAUCCCAAAUCCAUCUCUGGAUGUGAUCAUUAGUGUCCUGUAUAAUGGCCAGCGUUCUGAGACCAACAUGGUGGUCAUCAACGUCAAGCCUCUUUCUGGAUUCAGGGUGGACGAGACGUCGGUGCAGCUUGUGAACAGCAAUGCAAAUUCUACUGAUGGAGCAGUGAAACAUGUGGAACAAACUGAGUGCAACACAAUCAUCUAUCUGACUGGACUGACUUAUGGAGAGGAGAUGGUCUACACCCUGGCGAUCAUACAGGACCUUCCAGUGGAGAACCUGAAACCAUCUGUUGUGGAGGUUUAUGACUACUACGAGACCGGUGAGAGAGCUGCAACUGAGUACAUCUCCCCAUGUCAAGUUCACUGAGAAUUUGAAUGUGAUCUCUGCAAGAGCCCAGCAAGUGCUUUUUUCUAUUUAUUUGUAUGGGAAUUUUCUGGGUAGCUUUGAGUUACCAACAAUUCAAAGCUUUUACAUUUUACAAAAGUUGUAAAAAAAAAAAAAAAAAUUAAUGGUAUUUGAUUUUUUAAAUAUAUAUUGUGUUUAUAUAUGUAAUGUCACACACCAGUACAGUUUAUAUGACCUGCCUACAUGUCUAAAUACUGUUUAAACAUUUUUAUUGUUUCUGUAUUUGCCGAUUAUCUCCACAAGGUGGUAGAAUUUCCACUCCCCUGUAGAGUUAAAGUUUUUUUUUUUAUUUCUCUCUUUUUGAAAUCAGCUUUAAAUCGGAUGAAAAAAGUUAAAUAUUUAAAUGAUUGUC